UCGAAGGACAGAUAAAAACAUCACACCAUCGCCGAGUGGCGAGCACCCGCCCUCUCCUCCUUCACAUUCCGCCCCACCCCCUCUGUUCGAUAGGGGAACCCAUCAAGCCCUCUGUUGCCUGUCCCCUCCCAUAAUCUUCCCCUUUCCCGCGCUGACCAACAGAGGCUAUAUAUAUGAGGAGAAAACCUUCGCCCACGGAAAUCUCGUUCUCGGUGCAACUGCAUUUUGGCUCGACAACACUUUCGGUUGCGACGUCCUCCCGGGAGUCCAAGCGUGCUGGUCGCAUCAAGACGACGGUUAUGAACUGUGCGGAGGUGUCAGCUUCGUGACGGACAGGGCGAUGAGCGGACGCGCGCGCGGACAAAGCAGGUGCUCGUGACGACGCGAAGUGAGGAAGACAGAGAAGUUUCUUCCCUUUUUUUAACCCGCCUCCUGGGUAACCGCCUCCACCGUGGAGUCGCCGAGCUGCGUGCGCCAGUGGUCCAUCCUCGACGUCGUCGCCGCCAACACGUCCGCCUGGCGCCACCGGGUGGAUACCAAGAACGCCUCUACACCCUUCAAAGUGGCAGAGUUCCUGGAAGCCAUCGGCCCAAAGACCACCAUGGCCGGGCUCGUGCGCAUGGCCAUCGAUCGCUACGUCAACCUCGUCGACUCCAUCAGCGACCCGCGGGUGAACGACUGGCCGCUGAUGGACAGCCCCGCGCCCACGCUGGUGAUGCUGGGCGCCUACCUCUACUCCGUGCUGGUGCUCGUCCCUCGGCUGAUGACCAACCGCAAGCCCUUCCAGCUGCGCGAGCUGCUCAUCGUGUACAACGCCGCGCAGGUCAUCUUCAGCCUCGUCAUGCUGUGGGAGCACCUGAUGAGCGGUUGGUGGUUCGACUACAGUUUCAAAUGCCAACCUGUUGACUACUCUCAUAAUCCUAAAGCGAUAAGGAUGGCGAAUUUAUGUUGGUGGUACUACAUUUCCAAACUGACUGAAUUCGCAGACACGAUUUUCUUCGUCCUGAGGAAGAAGAACAACCAAGUGUCCAUCCUCCACCUGUACCACCAUACUCUGACGCCGGUGGAGACGUGGAUAUGCGUCAAGUUCUUGGCUGGUGGUCACGGGACGUUUUCAAACCUCAUAAACAACAUCGUCCACGUUGUUAUGUACUUCUACUACAUGGUGUCAGCGAUGGGCCCUCAGUACCAAAAGUACCUCUGGUGGAAGAAACACAUAACUUCCGUCCAACUCCUGCAGUUCGCGCUGGUGUUCAUCCACUCGGCGCAAGUACUCAUCUUUGACUGCGGCUACCCGAAGCUGGUCGCUGGCUUCCUGCUGCUGCACUCCGUCAUCUUUUUCGCGCUUUUCCUCGACUUCUACCUGAAGGCCUACAAGAAGCGCAAGAACCUGCAGAGAAUGCAGUGACGUCUGCCGUCUGCGGCUAUGCGGGUAUAUUUGCUCAAGUUCGCUUUCACUACGAGGCUGAACGUCGUACAUAAAGUGCGACAUAAGUUGAGAUAGGGUUGAUUCUUAAGAAAAAAAGAAGAUAAGCCUUUAAUUUUAUCCUUUUAGGGAGAAUUUAGAACAGUGUAGCAUCCUCGUACCACGAAAAAUAUACUUUCUAUGAUACAAGAAAGAAGACGAUAACAAAAUGUUAAAUAGUGUCACAUUUAAUGUCAUACAUCACUGUUUGUAUAAAUUUCCUUACAUGGCUGAUAAUUUUAUUUUUAUUUUUUGUAGUCUUUAUAUACUAUGUUUAUCUUUAACCAGUGCAUUUCGUUUAAGUACAAGCUUUGUCAUUGAUAUAGUGUGUAAAAUGAUAACCAAAUGCAUUCAAUUCAUACAAAGUGUGUAAGUGCUGGGCUUAUACCAAGAAACUGUUACACAAAACUUCUUACCUAUUACAUUUGCUAUAAAUAUUCGUGAAGAUAAUUUUUUUUUUUAAUUUGUCACAAAUAUGUAGCCAGAAUCAACUUAGUUUCAUUGCCAGUUAUAAUUGUGUAACACCUUUUUUAUUUUGCAUUUACGUGUUUAUUACAUUUCUCUGCCAAAGACUGAGUAAAUCAGAAAAAAUACUGUUUGUAAAUCUAUUGAGGUAAAUGAACUAGGUUUAUGUCUAAACAUUAUAACUUCGUUGAAUGCAAAGUUUUCAGUACUUUAACUGUUGAUUAUACUCUUUAAUACUAACCAAUAUGGUUAAACUUAUUCAAACAACCCUGAACAAGUCAUUACCCAGUAUUUAUAUCUUAAAGAUCUUUCACCCUACUCUCAUUAUAAUGUUAAAAACUUUUUCUCUCAAUACAAUUUUGUUCUAGGCCAAUAGUUUCAACACCUAGGAACCUACACAUAUUACGAUUUUUAUACGAGAAUUCUAAAGAUGUUUCAAACAUAUAUUGUAUACUGACUUGUGUUUGUCUAGUGGCGUUCUAUUACACCUUAACGUAUAAGAGAUUAUUUAAGAUUAUGUGUUUUAAAACUUCUCCAGCUCACGAGAAAAACGAAUUUCAUCUAAUGGUAAAACCAUCCAAAAAUCUGUCAUGAAUAAAGAUGUUGACUCGAAAAACCACUAAUAAUAAGAAUGCAUUAAUCACAUACUGAGUAAUUAAGCAUGAUACUUUUGGUAUCGUUUUGUAAGUUACUUAGUUAACAGUCUUGCUAGUUAAGUUUGAUGGGUUUUAAAUGUAGAUUAGUGUGUUUUGCUCGGAAUCGGAUCGAAAGAGAAAAAAAAUAUAGAGCUGUGCGUUGCCUAACAGUUCCGACUUAGCACGACUUGAUUACACGUAAACCUUUCUAAAACGUUUGGCCUCUUUCAGACGAGGCGGUUUAGUUGAAUAAAUUUAUUUGCCUGGUUGACUCUCAACUAGUUGACUUCCGUGUGAAGACUCUUUUUGGGCUGGUUUCACACUAGGAAACUUGUGGAAUAAAAUUUUCUUUCCAAAUGGAGGUCAUUACGAUGUUUGAAUCCAAGGAAGCAGGGGCACUUCUUGUGCUAGCGUUCCUGUAAGAAGAGAAGCAAAAAAAAAAAGGAGGAAAACCAGUAGACGUAAAGUGUGUAAAGUUUCAUAACUGCCCUCAAUGCUUUAUUCAUUUAUUUUAUUUUUUUUGCUGUAUACCUCACACCUCAUAUACCAUAUCGCGGGAUUACUUCUAACAACCACUCCACAUAGAAACCGAAAGGUAGAACGCUCUCCAUUACGACCUUGGUGAACUCAACUAGGCGACUGGUGCCGAGAAGUGUCUACUGGUGGGGAUGAUAGUGUGAGCGGCACAGGCGCCUGUUCGUCAACCCCCCCUUCCCAGAACGGAUGAGUUGACUGAGUGUGAAGGAAGGUGUUCGUACGGUUCCCAAUCAUUUGCUACAUCGCUACACUCCUUGACACCCGUCUGUUAAAAUAGUUACCUCGUAUGGAAGGGGACUAAAUCGAGCAUCACGCUUUGGCUUGUAUCUAAAUGGUCAAUAUACAAUCUGAAUGGGGGCUCUACUAGAAAAAUUGUGGUAGGCUCUGUUGGGACACGGCUCUCCUUUCUUAUUAUUGUUUCUUGCAAUUACGAUUUUACAAACUCGCGAUAUGCCUCAACAUGGUAAUUUUUUUCACCAUUCUUCGUAACAGAGUCUUUUAGUUUUUAAAAUAUAUCGUAAAAUGUUAACAAUUUUGAAAUGUGUUUUAAAUACUUUACUAUUUUUUGCAAAAAAUAAAUUUAAUUUUAUUCGAAUUAGUGAUCGCGUGAGUCCAAUAUACAUAUGCUCUCAAAGAAAAUAAGUCACCUAGAAUAGAACAUCCCCAAAACUGGUCUAUUUUUAACUAUGACUUGUAAUCAUUCUAAAACUAUUCAUAAUGGCACAUGCGUAAACCCUUACCCUAAUUAUUUAUAUAUAUGCACAACUCGAGUAUUCUAAGCUCAAGUUUGUAUUUUACAACGUAUUAAAAUCCUAUCCUUUCUUUUUUAGUUUUACUGAAUACUUCAAACUAACAUCUCAAUUCAUAUGUCAAUUCAUGUGUUCAUGUCAAAGUAGUGUCAGGCCCGAGGAGAUUUUUCAACCUCCUUGACCGCGCUCCACUGUAUUGACUUCUCCUUUGUCAGCUUCCGUAUCCGCUUAAACUUCUCGCUAGCAAGACUUGUCUGGCACUAGGCUUACAUUUAAUUGAGUUUAAUAAGUUUCAUCAUUAUGUUGAACGCUGUACGCAUAGUUUACUCUGAAAUGAAUAGUUCUAUCAUAUUUUUUUACUUUGUCCUGAAAAGCGAUGUACCUAGUCAAAACCAUAUUAGCAUUUGAGUGCUAGUUUUACAUUUGUUGUAAAAAUGUUAAUUUUAUUUUAUGUCGGGUACAUAAAUAAAUUUAAUAUUAUUUCACAGGGAAACAUUCGUGUCAGCAUUAGUGUUCCAAUUCCAUCGGAUAACUAAAAAGGGUAAUAAUUACAGGUGAACGGUUUUACUUAGUUCACAAGAAUUACUUUUUUAUUAUUCUUGCUAUCAAUUGCUGGUUUAUGUUUUAUACUGCAAACUGCCUUUUGAAGAAUGUUUAAGAUUUAAUUUUUUUAAGUAAGUUUUGAAAGUAAAUUAUUUAAUUUCAUAGUGUUUAAAUUAAAUGUUAUUUAGUGAAACAUCACAUCAUCGUUACUCGUUACAUUGUAGCUAAAUCAAUUGCUUUCCUAGUUUUUUAAAACCACCGAAGAUAAAUUUUUUAAUGGACAGUAUUUAAUUGUAUAGUUGGGCUUAAAUAUUAUUUUGGAAGGCCUUGUUCCACACAUGUAUUUUUUAAGCAAGUAGCCAAUCUAAUAUUACUUAAGGCUUGACAUUGAAAUGCCAAGUCGGGCAUUAAAUUGGUUUAUUUUUAAAAUUAAAAUACUCAAUCUGCAAAGCUAAGAUUCUUUUCUUAGAAGUGUUAAAUUUCUCUUUUGAUUAUCGUGGGGCCAUGUGAUAUGAAAUAAUUUUUCGUAUGGCAUUCUUUAAUGUUAGGUUGUGUUACAAUGUUUUAGUUUACUUGUGUCCCUUGAAAGUGUUUUGUACAUAGUAUUUGUAUAUACGUAACAUAUUAAUUCUUGUAAACACUGGCUGUAUUUCUAUGUAACAUAUGUAUAAAUAAGUUAUUGUAUAGUUUUAAUAUAGUACAUACAACUAUGAAUAUCAAUGUUGAGUGAUUUUGAAUGUUUUUUGUUUGUAAACAAUUUACGAAUAUUGUUAUUACUUUCCAAACACUGGUUUGGACAUUACAAAAAUAUAUAAUACAGAAACAUAAAACUAAAAUAAGUUUGUAAUUGAAAACUUUGUAGUUCUACAUUUUAAUGCAGAUAUUUGAAAUGAAUAAAAUUAUUUUAAUUAUUCA